AUGGAGUGGUUUCUCUGGAAAACAGGGUGUCUCCUAAUGGUAAAAAGAGGUGUGGUAGUGGUGGUGGAGGUCAACAGUAAAUUCUGGGUAGAGGUAAAAGAACAAAAUGAAGAUGGUGCAGCAUUGCAGAAGCCCCUCAGAAGGUAUAAACGUGAAUGGGUUAAAUUUGCAAGACCUUGUCGAGAAAGAGAAGACAAUUCAAAGCGGAAUCCAAUUGCUACUAUUAGUUCAGAUUUUCAUAAAACCCAGAAAAUUACAUAUCGGAUCUCUGGAGUGGGAAUUGAUCAGCCCCCUUAUGGUAUCUUCAUUGUUAACCAAGACACUGGAGAAAUUAACAUAACGGCAAUAGUUGAUCGAGAGGAAACCCCAAAGUUCCUGAUCACCUGCCGGGCUCUGGAUCAAAUGGGAAGAGAUGUAGAGACUCCUCUUGUGCUUACAGUCAACAUUUUAGAUGUCAAUGACAAUCCUCCAGUGUUCUCACAAAGCAUUUUCUAUGGUGAAAUAGAAGAAAACAGUGCUGCAAAUACACUGGUGAUGGUGCUAAAUGCAACAGAUGCCGAUGAACCAAAUCAUCUAAAUUCUAAAAUUGCCUUCAAAAUAGUCUCUCAAGAGCCUGCAGACCAACCCAUGUUCCUCCUAAAUAGACACACUGGGGAAGUGCGUUCAAUGACCAGUACGCUUGAUAGAGAGAAAUACAGCAAGUAUAGCCUGGUUGUAAGUGGCGCAGAUCUUGAUGGAGCUGGACAGUCAACUCAAUGUGCGUGUCAAAUUACAAUUAAAGAUGUCAAUGAUAAUUUCCCAAUUUUUAAAGAAUCACAGUAUUCAAUAGAGAUUAAAGAAAAUACUCUUAGUUCCGAAGUGAUUCGGUUUCAAGUAAUAGAUCUUGAUGAAGAGUUCACGGAUAAUUGGUAUGCAGAAUAUUUCUUUACCUCUGGAAAUGAAGGGAAUUGGUUUGUAAUAGAAACUGACACAAAAACCAAUGAAGGAAUCCUGAAAGUUGUUAAGAGUCUGGACUAUGAACAAUUUCAAACUAUGCAACUUGCUAUAGCUGUUAAAAACAGGGCUGCGUUUCACCAGUCAGUUGUCUCUCAAUAUCGAAUUCAGUCAACUCCUGUCAGAGUUCAGAUCGUAAAUGUAAAAGAAGGGAUUAUGUUCCAUCCUGCUUCAAAGACUUUUACAGUACAGAAAGGCAUAAGUUAUAAAAAAUUGGUCAAUUAUGUUCUUGGAACAUACGCAGCCAUUGAUGAAGAUACUGGCAAAACUGCAUCAUCUGUCAGAUAUGCAAUGGGACGUAAUGAUGGCGGUUUGUUAGCCAUUGAUUCAAAAACUGCUCAGAUUAAAUUUGUCAAAAACCUUAACCGAGAUUCAACAUUCAUAGUCAAUAAGACAUUCACAGCUGAGAUUCUGGCGAUAGAUGAUAACACAGGGCAGACAUCAACAGGCACCAUAACUGUUAGAGUACCAGAUUUCAAUGAAAAUUGCCCUACAGUUUUUGCUGACAAGAGAACAGUUUGUCGUACAUCUGCAUCAGUUAUUGUCACAGCUAAGCCUCUGCAAAACCAGCCAGACACUGGACCCUUCACAUUUUCCCUGACUGAACAGCCUCUGGAAAACCAAGAUAUGUGGAGCAUUACAACAAUAAAUGGUACCUCUGCAAGACUGAGGGCCCAGAAAGAACUAUCUUCUGCAAUAUAUCCACUUUCUUUCAUAGUUACAGACAGGGAAGGUAUGAGUUGUGAAAUACCAGAGAUUCUGGAAUUACGAGGCUGUGACUGUGAUGAGAAGCAAAUGUGUUUUGACAAGGUUCCCUCCCCAAAUGUAAAUCCUGAUGACACUAACAGGCAAAGAGGGAAACCAUCAGUAAGGCUUGGUCCUGCUGGCAUUGGUCUGCUCAUUCUUGGCCUUUUGAUGUUACUGUUGGCCCCUCUUCUACUACUAUUUUGUGACUGUGGGGCAGGAGGUCUGCGUGGUGUUGGAUCUGGAUUUAUUCCUGUGCCAGAUGGGUCAGAAGGAACAAUUCACCAAUGGGGAAUAGAAGGUGCCCAGCCACAAGAUAAGGAGAUUACAAAUAUUUGUGUGCCUCCAAUCACAGCCAAUGGAACUGAAUUCAUGGAACAUUCUGAAGUUUGUACAAAUGCCUAUGCAACAGAGACUGUCAUGGAAGGAACUUCCGGUAUAGAAUUAACAACAAGACUUAGAGCAGCUUCAGGGUCAGGAGGAACCACAGGCAUGGGAGGUGCUGGAUACUCAGGAACAAUGAGGACAAGACAUUCCACUGGAGGGACCUUUAGGGAAUGUGCUGAAGGAACAGUCAAUAUGAAUUUCCUGGACACCUAUUUCUCUCAGAAAGCGUUUGCCUGUGCAGAGGAAGAUGAUAGUCAAGGAGUAAAUGACUGCCUCUUAAUCUAUGAUGAUGAAGGAAUAGAACCUCCUAGUUCUCCUGUAGGCUGCUGUAGUUUUAUUGCAGAUGAUUUUGAUGACAGCUUCUUGGAUUCAUUAGGGCCAAAAUUUAAGAAGCUGGCAGAUAUAAGCAUGGGUAUCGAUGAUGAAAACAAAUUCUCUCAGUCACCUGGGAAAACAAACAUUACUACAACUGAUACACCUGGAUCACAGUCCGUACCUGCCACCUCCAACAAUGCUACCUGUCAGCCUACCACCAAUACCAUCUGUCAGCCUACUACCAAUGGUACCUGUCACAAUGAAACUUCAACUCUCUCUGCUUCUGGGUCUGUCUUGCAGCCUGCAAUUCCAAUACCUGAUCCUCUGCUCCAGGGUAAUUUCUUGGUGACUGAGUCGUAUACUGCUUCUAGUUCAUUCCUGCAGCCUUCCAGUGUAGCCUUUGAUCCUCGGGUCACAGAAAAUAUGACAGUGACAGAGAGAGUGAUUUGCCCCAUUCCAGGUGUUUCUGGCAUUCAAGGAAACUUGCAUGGUCCCACUCAGUUAGCAGGGUCAUGUAAUGUGACCUGCACAGAGGAUCCAUGUUCUUGA